GCUAAGGCUUAACCUAGAGCUGCACUAUUAGUAAAAAAGAAAGAAUAUUGAGGACAGUUUAUUAAUUGUGAAACAUGCAGUGACCGCUUCAUUGUUUAUAAUGAGAUUGUCAAAAUAACAAAUUAAGUGUUUUAAUGUAAGUUUUGUCAAUCAGAAUAUCAGAAAAAUAUAUCUAAUGAAAUAUCUGUGGUCAUAAAUGUCUUGUGUUUCUCAGAGAGUACUGAUGAUGAUAAAGUGGUGUCGUGGCAUUGGGAGGAGGUGAAGGGGCCGCUCAGAGAGGAAAAAGCCUCGGGUGAUACUGCUAUUCUCACUCUCACCAACCUGGUUCCCGGUAACUACACCUUCAGUCUUACAGUGACUGACUCGGAUGGAGCUCAGAAUUCAACCCAAGCCAUGUUGUUAGUCAACAAGGCCACGGACUACAGGCCCACAGCUAAUGCCGGACCCAACCAAGUGAUCACCCUACCACGCAACUAUAUCACACUGUAUGGCAACCAAAGCACUGAUGACCACGAGAAUCUGUCCUACGAAUGGUCACUCAGCCCUGAAAGCAAGGGCAAGGUGGUGGAGAUGCAGGGUGUGCGAACACCCAUUCUGCAGCUGUCUGCCAUGCAGGAGGGUGACUACACCUUUCAGCUAACCGUCACUGACUCAUCUGGCCAGCAAGACACGGCUCAGGUCACUGUCAUUGUCCAGCCAGAAAAUAACAAGCCACCUGUAGCGGAUGCUGGUCCAGACAAGGAGCUGACGCUGCCUGUCGAUCGUACCACGCUGGACGGCAGCAAGAGCAGCGAUGACCAAAAAAUUGCCACGUACCACUGGACAAAGACCAAGUCAGUUACACACGUACACUCUCCCUGCAUGUAAUGCUCUUGUGUAUGUUUCUUGUUGUAGGGGCCAAGUAGCGAAGGUGCAAUGGCGCUGAUUGUAUCCAUUGGCGUUCCUAUUAUUGUUCUUUUUCUUCCGCUCUUGAGUAUAUGGCAGCCCAUGCUGGCAAAAAGUUAUCAAAAGCUUUUUGAUGACCCAUCCAUUCUCAAAAACCGCAUAAACAAUUUCAAUCGAAAAGCUCACCAAAUCAGAAUUGAGGCUAUAUCUCUCCAACGCUUUGUCAUAUUCACGCCAAACUUGGUGUGUGUGUUAUGAAACCCAUGACCUGAGGCUACUUGCACAGUUUCUGCGCAGCGCCACCUAGUGGUCAGGAGAUAU